GCGGGCAGGGCGGGGGCCGGGGCCGGGGGCGGGGCGGGGGCCGGGGCCGUGCCUGUCCCGGCGGCGGGGCCGGGCCGGGAUGCGGCGGGGCCGGGAUGCGGCGGGGCCGGCACCGGGCACGAUGCGCGGCGGGGCGCUGGCGCUGCUCUGCGCCCUGUCCCUGUGCCCGGCGGCCCCCGAGCCGGGCUCCGGGCUGGACUCAGAUGAGGUGAACCUGCUGGACAAAAUCACUCUCCAUGCCCAGGACCUCAGCAAUGUUUCCUUUGGCUACGACCACAGCAAGUGCAGGAUCCUGGAGAUCGGGCAGUAUGCAACCCUCAACAUUCCCACCAGGGAGGCCUUUGGGGACAGGUUUGCAGACGAGCUGAGCGUGCUGCUGAAGCUCAGGUACUCCCUGAAGGAGGACACCAGCCUGGUGACCAUCCUCAGCCACCGCAGCCACGUGCUCUUCCAGAUCAGGAUUAACCCCUACGCCCUGGUCUUCGUCACCACGAGGAGGAGACACUACGAGUUCCCAGUGUCCUUCCUGGGCGAUGGGCAGUGGCACCAAGUGGCUCUCAGCAUCUCCCUGGAGAGGCUGGAGCUGCACGUGGACUGUCGGCUGGUGGACAGAGUCAGCUGGUCCAACUAUUUUGGGAUGGGAGUGAACACUGAGGGGCUGAUCAUCAUCGGAGGCCUCAUCGAGUCCUUCGAGAUCCCCUUUAAGGGCGCUCUCCAACAGCUGACCUUCGUGAUGGGGGACCCAGCAGCUGCUGCUGAGCAGUGCCACAGCUACAACUCAACCUGCCCAGGCUCCUUCAGCCUCCACAGGGCCCCCUGGGAGCUCCCAACAGCCUGGCCAGAGGUGCCAAAGGAAACCAAUGAAAUCCAGGAUUCAUCUACUCAGGACUCCAGACUCACCAGUUCAGAUUUGGCCCCAGGGCCACCUUGGCCGUGGGAGGACACUCAGAGGACCCUCAACCUCCAGCCUGAUGGGAGUGCCCUGGCUUCCCUCUCUGCUCACGAGAUGCCAUCAGCUGAGGAGGAGGAGGGCAGCCUUUCCAUUGAGGAUGAAGGCUUUGAGCUGCUGAACUCCACCUACAAUAAAAUCACCGGCCCCGGCAGGCCAGCGCUCAGGAGAAGCUCAGGAGCCUCCAUCAAACCCCCCCGAGCGGCCAAGAAGGAGCGUGGCUCUGAGCCCCACGAGGAGAAUGUCACCACGGAGAAGCUGUCGGGGGACGCGGGCACGCGGCAGCUCCCGCCCGGCAAACGCCGCCCGGAGCCCUUCCCCAAGGUGUCCCCAGCUGCUCCCAAAGGAAACGUCCCCAAAGGUCCCCUGAGGGCAGGGGCACUGCUGGGUGGCCCGGAGCCUCCUCUUGGAGCAGGACAUCCCGGACCGUGGGUGGCACGUGCACACCAGGGCUGUGUGAAGCCGGGACCACCGGGGCUGCCGGGACCUCCGGGGCUGCCGGGCUGUCCUGGCCGACGGGGGCUGGUGGGACCCAAAGGAGACAAAGGAUACCCGGGGGCCAUGGGGAGGACGGGCCCCCCAGGUGACCCUGGCCCUGCUGGCACCCCUGGUGUCCCCACCAUCGUGCUCUGGAGGAACUCCAGGGAGGACUGGCAGUCGUUCAUGCAAUCAUCAUUUUACCAACUCCUGCACGCGGGCUGGCCGAGAAAACCUGGAGCUCCUGGACCCCCAGGACAUCCUGGGAAAACAGGAGCACCUGGACCCUGCGGAGCACCGGGAGAGCCGGGGGAGAAAGGCCAGCGGGGGUACACGGGGGAACCCGGGCUCCAGGGCUUGCCAGGACGUGUGGGACACCCCGGCUCUGAUGGUUUCCCUGGCUUGGAUGGCAAACCUGGGCCCUGGGGGCUGCCAGGGGAGCAGGGCCUCCAGGGCUUCCAGGGUGACCGAGGGCUGGCUGGGGACAAGGGAGAAGAGGGUUUCUUGGGAGACCCUGGACCAGCUGGGGACAAAGGAGAGAAGGGAGUGAAGGGGGUGAAGGGAGAGAAUGGGCUGCCAGGUCCUGCAGGGCUCCAGGGGUUGGCAGGGCUGAAGGGUGCCAUGGGCUUGCAGGGCCCUGCAGGGCCGGAGGGAGAAGCUGGCUCAGUGGGUGCCCCAGGCCCUGCUGGUCCCAUGGGAGAGCCCGGCCAGCCAGGAUCCGUGGGGUGCCGAGGCAUCAAUGGCUCUCAGGGGGAAUUGGGCCCUCCUGGGAUGGCCGGGCCUCGUGGCCCCAGGGGACCCCAUGGCUUGCAGGGCAGGCGUGGUCCCCCUGGCCCCAGGGGCUCUCCGGGUCCAGCAGGGCUGGAGGGAUCCUCUGGUCCCAAAGGAGACACAGGUACAGCCGGUGCCCCUGGGGUGAGGGGACAGCUGGGACAGCAGGGCCCUGGGGGUUUUCUUGGCCUGCCAGGUGCAAAAGGCACCCAAGGAGAGCAGGGCUGCCGAGGUCCGGGAGGAGCCAAGGGAGAUUUGGGAGCCAAAGGAGGCAAGGGCCCACGAGGAGCACAAGGAGCAAAAGGCCCUCCAGGAGCCCGGGGCCAGGGGGGCUUGCAGGGCUUCCCCGGCCCCCGAGGGGCUGCAGGGCCACGGGGACCUGACGGGGAAGAAGGUCAGAUUGGCCCUGCAGGGCUAAACAGCAGCGAGGGACCCAAGGGAUGCCAAGGACCUGAUGGCCCCAAGGGAACCCCAGGACCACGGGGAGCCCGGGGCCGUGUGGGGCAGCGUGGGCUGGUUGGAGUGCCUGGACUGCCUGGCUCGCGGGGUGUGCCGGGAGCGGAGGGCGCAGAAGGAAAGCCUGGUACACAGGGCCACCCAGGGAUCGUGGGCAGCCCAGGCAGGAGGGGACCACUGGGAUUUGCUGGUUUGCCGGGGGGCCGUGGGCACGCUGGAACUCCUGGAUCAACAGGCUCUCCAGGAAAGCCUGGACCUGAUGGAGACCCGGGUUGCUUGGGCCCAAAGGGGCUGCCUGGGAAGCCCGGCUUGGAGGGGCCCCAAGGACCCGUGGGCACCUAUGGCUAUCCAGGACCUGCUGGAGACCGCGGGAGGUUGGGACGCAGGGGAGACAAGGGAGAAAGGGGAGCUCAAGGUCCACCAGGAUUUCCAGGAAAAGCUGGUCCAAAGGCUCUGCCAGGUCCCCCUGGUCCUCGUGGUGCUCCAGGCUCCCAGGGCAGAACAGGUGACCCAGGUCCUCGAGGGCUCCCAGGGCUGCCUGGUGUUCCUGGCACAAGAGGGCUGGAUGGCGUGCCCGGGAAGCCUGGUUCAGCUGGAGAAAGAGGCGCCCCUGGAGCAGCUGGGGCUGCUGGCCCGCCUGGCUACCCGGGCCAGGAAGGUCCAAAUGGACGUGAAGGACCUGCAGGGAUGAGAGGAGAGAAGGGUGAGGUGGGAGAUCCCGGGGCAGCCGGAGUCCGCGGGCUGGAUGGGGAGCAGGGACCACCAGGACUGCUGGGAGCAGAGGGCCAGCCGGGGCCCAAGGGUGAGCAGGGAGAGCCAGGAACCCGUGGAGCUCCGGGCAUCAGAGGGAGCCCUGGGGAGCCAGGGGACGAGGGGACAGAGGGGCCACCAGGACGGCCUGGGAAGCAAGGCAAGGAGGGUGACACUGGUGACACUGGGGACCCGGGCGAGCCAGGACUGCGGGGACGGAAGGGCAAUGCUGGCCCCAGGGGCCUUCCUGGAAUUCCAGGUCCAGGAGCUGCCACAGGUGGAAUUGGAGGCAAAGGCCAGAAGGGAGAGAAGGGCCGAGAAGGUUUGCUGGGCCAGGGCGGUGUCACCGGAGCUGCAGGACCUGCUGGAGCCAGAGGAUGGUUUGGGGGGACAGGACUCCGAGGUCCUCCUGGGCUCGACGGUCCUGAGGGACAGAAGGGAGAUCCAGGGCCACGGGGCGUGGAUGGACCUGCUGGGGCUGCAGGAGUCGAGGGACAGGCUGGAGAUGAUGGAGCGAAGGGAGAUGGUGGCAAGCCUGGCCCGGUGGGCUCGCAGGGGGCUCGGGGACUGGCAGGUGCCCCUGGGCUCCGGGGCUACCCCGGCCAUGAGGGAGCCAGAGGAGUGGUGGGCACCAAGGGACAGCCAGGCCGGCAGGGGACUCUUGGGCCACCGGGUGAAGCUGGAGCAACCGGGCUGAGUGGCACGGAGGGCCUGGUGGGUGCAAAAGGGGAGCCAGGCGAGCCGGGAAAACCAGGACCAAUGGGGUCUCCUGGACAAGCUGGUCCUAAAGGACGGAAAGGCCGCAAAGGAGAUAAGGGCGACGUGGGGCAGGAAGGGGACAAAGGGCUCCCAGGAGAAGCUGGCAGACGGGGCAAGCGAGGCAAGAUGGGCCAGCAGCCCCCACGGGGUCCCAGGGGACACAAGGGCUACCCAGGUGACAAAGGACUUCCAGGACCCCAGGGCCCCCAGGGACCCUAUGGCAUCCCAGGGCUGAAGGGCAUCAAAGGAGACCCUGGACCAAAAGGACACAAGGGUGAGAAGGGCAGCAAGGGUGACCUGGGCCAGCGAGGGGACGAUGGCUUCAAGGGCAAGCCAGGACCCCAUGGUGUCCCUGGGAGACCAGGACCCAAGGGAAAGCAGGGUGACACUGGCCCCCCUGGCCCACAGGGACACCCUGGAAUUCCCGGGACACCGGGCUUGUCAGGACCCAAAGGGCUGAGAGGCUUCCCGGGCCUGCCGGGCCCCAGGGGCACACCGGGAAUGCCGGGUCUGGCUGGCCCCCCUGGUCCCAGCGGGCCUGCAGUGAUGCUGUCCCAGGAGGAGCUGCAGCACCUCAUUUAUUCCUCCAACCACCUGAAUUACACCGUGGUCUGGGCUCUGCUGGACACCCUGAGCCGGGAGCUCCAAGCGCUCGUGGAGCAUCCCAAUGGCACCAAAACCAACCCAGCCACCACCUGCAAGGAGCUGCUGCUGGCUCACCCCGGCCUGCCCGACGGGCAAUACUACAUCGACCCCAACCAGGGCAGCCCCCAGGACGCGCUGAGGGCCUUCUGCAACUUCACAGCUGGGGGGGAGACCUGCAUCGCCCCCGUCCACAACCAGGUCCCCAUCAAGGCUUGGCUGAGCACCUACAGCUCUGAGAACACCUUCGAGUGGUUCAGCACCCUGCCCGGGGGCUUCCUGCUGGAGUACGCGGGGGCCAGCCCGGUGCAGCUCCGCUUCCUGCGCCUGCACAGCCACCGCGCCGCACAGAAGGUCUCGUACUCCUGCACACCGGCCCCGGAGCGCGGCCGGCCCCAGCCCGACAAGGAAAUCCGCUUCCUGGCCGACUCCCGGGAUCGCAGCUACGCAGCCAGCCUGCGGGGCUGCCUGCUGGACAACGAGUCCUCCAUCACCGACACCAUCUUCCAGUUCAGCACGGAGGAGCUGUGGCUGCUGCCCCUGCGGGACCUGGCUGUCUUCCACAACGGCGACGCCUCGCACCAGUUUGGUUUCACAGUCGGACCAGUUUGCUUCAGCUGAAAGUGGCGCCACCCAAACCGAGCCAGCCAGUUCUGUCCCCACCCAAGAGCCAUCCCGCUGGGGACAAGUGGAUGCUGGGGCUGGCACAGGGCUCCCACCUGCUCCACAGAGCUGCUGUGCUUGGAGCUGUGUUAUACCCCAGACUCCACCUCCUUCUGGAGUAGAGGAAUAUUGUUUACAAAAGUCACUUCUCUAUAAAUUAUAUAUAUAUUAUAUAUGUAUAUAUUAUAUAUGAGA